AUGGAAGGAAAUGGAAGAGCUGAAAGUAUUGAAUCCGCUGAGAUGAGACGAAAUUGUCAGAGGAAGUUGAUGGACAAGUUACAUGGGAAUGGAGGAGUUGUGAGUCCGACCAAGGAGGGUCAGUUCUUAUGGGCAGGAGGACAUGGAGUUGAUCAAUCUACUUCUGGGGAUCCUCCAUUGCCUGAACAUGUUGCUAAUUCUCGAUUGUGUGCAUUGAGCACGAAGUCGAAGAUAAUAAGAGCUCAACCUUUCUUUGAGAAGAGUGAAUUCUCGAAGAGUGAAUCACUGGAUUCAUGA